AUGACGGCGAUGCCCGCCAUUCAAGACAGAACUACAGACGCUUUACUCACUCGCACACACCCCACGGAGGAGCAGCGAGCGCCCAGGGCCCUAAAAUCAAGCGACGGGCUGUUUUUUAACGAGAUGAAUAGACUGUUUGGAUAUAAUAAUAAGCGGACCAGCGACCAGCUGCUGCAGGAAUCGUCCAAGGCCAUGGACCAGGCGCAACAGGGUCUGAACGGCCGUAUCUCGCAGCUGGACACGCAGAUAGCACAGCUGAACUUCCAGUUGCAGGGCCUGCAGAAGAAGAUCGCGGGUAUGGGGUCGGCCGUGGCGCAGCGGCCGCUGCGGCAGCGCGCGCUGAAGCUACUGAACAAGCGGAAACAGCUGGAGACGUCGCGGGACCAGCUAGACUCGCAGCUGUGGUCCAUGAGCCAGGCGCAGAUGACGACAGAGAACCUCAAGAACACAGCGGUGACGGUGAACGCGCUGGCACAGACGAACAAGGCGCUCCGGCAACAGUACAAGCAGAUUAACGUCGAGCGGCUGCAGACCAUGCAGGACGAGAUGGCGGACCUGAUGGAGCAGGGCGAGGAGUUGCAGCAAGUGCUGGCAAUGGGCGGCACGGAGAUCGACGACAUCAGCGAGAGCGAGCUGGAUGCGGAGCUGGAGGCGCUGGGCGACGGGGAGCUGGACUUCGGAGCGGAGGCCGACCCGGUGGACCUCCCUGCGUACCUGGGGGGCGCCCCGCAAUUCGUGGACGAAGAUGCGACGGACGAGCCCGCGGGCCUGCAGACAGCGACAUAG